UUUAUCAUAUUUGUCGGUCUUUGCUAACUCUUGAAAACCCCUUUAAUAAUAUCAUCAUGCUUUUUGCUUUGUGUCAUUCAAUGAAUUGAAUCUCUCACUCGCUCAUUAUCUUCCAUCUUCGCCACUAAACAAUUCCAAAUGCUUUAUCAUUCCACCAUUCACAAGUGAUUUGUGGAGAAGGUUAGGUUUAUUGGCUGAUUUUGUGUGAUUUGGUGAAGUUUUGGAGUGUUUGGUGAAGUAGAUUGGGUGAAUUGAAUUGGAUAAUUUGCUUGUUUGUAGUUUGGUUUGAUAUAAAGUGAGUUGAAAUGAGUGUGGUGGGGUUUGACAUUGGUAAUGAGAACUGUGUCAUUGCUGUGGCAAAGCACCGUGGGAUUGAUGUUCUGUUGAAUGAUGAAUCAAAGCGGGAAACCCCGGCUGUUGUUUGCUUUGGCGAGAAGCAGCGGUUUUUGGGUUCUUCUGGAGCUGCUUCCGCUAUGAUGCAUCCUAAGUCCACGAUAUCUCAAGUAAAGAGAUUGAUAGGUCGGAGAUUUCAAGAUCCUGAUAUGGAAAGGGAUCUGAAAAUGCUCCCUCUUGAAACUUCUGAAGGCCCGGAUGGUGGCAUUUUGAUUCAUUUGAAAUACUUGGAGGGGACUCAUACGUUUACCCCGGUUCAAAUAAUGUCCAUGCUCUUUGCUCACUUGAAAACUAUGACAGAGAAAGAUUUGGAGACAUCCAUCUCGGAUUGUGUUAUUGGUAUUCCAUCAUACUUCACUGACUUGCAGAGACGGGCAUAUCUUGAUGCAGCGAAAAUUGCAGGGUUGAAGCCUUUGAGAUUGAUACAUGAUUGUACUGCAACUGCCCUUAGUUAUGGAAUCUACAAAACAAAUUUUCAAAGUUCAGGUUCAACUAAUGUUGUGUUUAUUGACAUUGGUCAUUGCGAUACUCAGGUCUGCGUUGCAACAUUCGAGUUAGGGCAAAUGAAGAUACUUUCACAUACUUUUGACAGGAGCUUAGGAGGGAGGGACUUUGACGAGGUUCUAUUUACUCAUUUUGCCGAAAAAUUCAAGGAACAGUACAGCAUCGAUGUGUAUUCUAAUGCCAAGGCAUGCAUUAGGCUGCGUGCGGCGUGUGAGAAAAUGAAGAAAGUUUUGAGUGCAAAUCUUGAGGCACCGUUAACUAUUGAGUGUUUGAUGGAUGAGAAAGAUGUUAAGGGAUUUAUCACAAGGGAAGAAUUUGAGAAGCUGGCAUCAGGACUAUUGGAGAGAAUUUCUAUACCUUGCACUAAAGCAUUAUAUGAUGCAGGUUUGACUGCAGAUAAGAUUUCUUCUGUAGAGCUAGUUGGUUCAGGUUCUAGGAUUCCAGCAAUAAGUACAUUAUUAUCUUCACUGUUUGCGAGAGAACCGAGCCGGAAGCUGAAUGCAAGUGAGUGUGUAGCUCGUGGUUGUGCUCUACAGUGCGCAAUGCUCAGUCCUACAUACCGUGUGAGAGACUAUGAGGUCCAGGAUAUCAUUCCUUUUUCAUAUGGACUUUUAUCAGAUGAAGGUCCAAUUUGUGCAGGAUCAGAUGGUGUAAUUUUUCCCAAAGGCCAAUUUAUUCCAAGUACUACAGUCCUACAACUCCGGCGAACUAAUUUGUUCCAUUUGGAAGCUGUCUAUGCAAAUUCAGAUGAACUGCCACCUGGAACAUUUCCCAAAAUUAGUUGCUUCACGAUUGGCCCUUUGCUUGGAUCUCAUGGUAGUAAGACAAGAGUUAAAGUUCGACUCCAUUUAAAUCUUCAUGGAAUUUUCAGUAUUGAAUCAGCUACAUUGAUUAAGGAUCAUGCAGAUGAUUCAGAAUUUGAUGCAAUGGAUAUUGAUCCCGUGUCUGAGACCUCAGAUAACACUAAUUUUGUUGCCAAUGGCGCUGAAGAUAGUACAAAUAAGCAUGAUUCUCCACGAAGUUCUGCUGAUAAUUCAAGAAAAGAUAAAGCUAACAGAAGGAUUCCUAUUCAAGUGAAUGAGAAUAUCUAUGGUGGAAUGAAAACGGCAGAGAUUUCUGAAGCCCAUAAAAAAGAACUCCAGUUAGCCCAACAGGAUAGAACUGUGGAGUUAACCAAAGAAAAGAAGAAUACUUUGGAGUCCUAUGUCUAUGAUACGAGGAGUAAGCUCUUCAAUACGUACCGGAGCUUUGCAAGUGAUCAAGAGAGGGAUGGCAUAUCUAGGAGUUUGCAAGAGACUGAGGAUUGGCUUUAUGAAGACGGUGAUGAUGAAACUGAGCACGCUUAUUCCUCAAAACUGGAAGAUCUGAAAAAGCUGGUGGAUCCUAUUGAGAAUCGAUACAAAGAUGAAGAAGAAAGAGCGCAAGCUAUAAGUAAUUUAUCGAAGUUCAUUUUAGAGGUUCGCACGUCUGCAAAUUCCCUUUCACCCCAGGAUAAAGAAUUGGUCAUCCAUGAGUGCGAUAAAAUUGAGCAUUGGCUAACAGAGAAGGUGCAACAACAAGAUUCUUUUCCUAAGAAUAUUGACCCGAUAAUAUGGUCAAGUGAUGUUAACAGCAAGACAGAGGAAUUAAACCUAACAUGCAAAAGGAUAUUAGCCAAGACUUCUCUAACUUCAGAAGACAAUGAUAAAGACAAGAUGGAUACUUCCAAUCAUCAUCUUUGAAUACAUUGACAAGGCGAAGCGAAAGCAAAAUUGAAGACAUAACUUUUCAUCACUGAUACUUUCUGACAAAUAUAGAAAAAAAGAUUUUCCUGCUCUGGGGUUUUGAAUGAGGCAAAUAUAAGUAGAUAUAGUCAUUAACAAUCAUUUGUUCUUCCAAGGUUUCUAGAGAUUUUUUAUUUUGAUAUUUUCUCUUAUUAUUUUCUGGUGUGAUAUAGUUUCUUCAAAUGAAUCAAAUAUGUUUUGCUUAGGUGAGAAAAAAAAUGCUUGAAUUUUGUAUAUGUAUUAUUGGUGGCACUUGUUUAUGCACUGUGCUAAACAAAAUUCCAAAAAGUUAAUUGGCCUGUGUUGGAGUCUGUGUGAAGCUUGUGGAGCAUGCAAUAAACUUAUAUUCUUGUAUGAACAUUUAAUCCUUAUUAAUUAUUAUUAGGGUUUAAUUA